GCAGUUUGUAACAUUUGCAUCUUGCCACAGUGCCGACGACGCUGCAGCAUGAGCACAAACAAAGACGGCGAGCCUUCCAGGCGUCCUGAUGAUACCCCUUUCAAGCAGCAAAAACUGAAGGCAUGGCAGCCGAUUUUGACCCCGGCAUGGGUCAUCGGCACGUAUUUUCUGGUGGGGUUGAUCUUCGUCCCCAUCGGCGUCGUGCUGUACCAACAGAACUUGGACGUCGUGGAAAUGGCAAUCCAGUACGACGGACUAGACUCUUCAUCCGGUCUGGCCACCCUUGGCGCGAGCGUGCAAAACUUGAGUCCGACGUCGUCGUGCUCGUUGCCGAACGACAGCGACGGGAACUCGUUCAACUUGACCAAACAUGGCUGCAUCGUGUCGUUCAAACUCCAGGAAGACAUGAAAGCGCCCAUUAUGGUGUACUACCAAUUGGACAACUUUUACCAAAACCAUCGCCGAUACGUUCAAAGUCGCAGCGAUGCCCAACUUCGCGCGCAACCGCUCUCAUCCCCUCCCACGACGUGCGACGGCGCCAACGAGACAACCGAGUUCAAGUACAACUCGAUCGACGAUCUGCCCGCCACGGCCGUGCGCCAAAAGUACAAGUUGAACCCGUGCGGGCUCAUUGCCAACAGUCUUUUCAACGACAUCUUCUGGGUGCACAGUGUGUCGCUGCCUACCGGCCAGUACCUCAACCAAACGGACGUCUAUGCGGGCAACACGACCGUGGUCAACUUGAUGGAUCAGUCCGACUUGGCGUGGAAGUCGGACCUCGAGACCAAAUUUAACAACUACGACACCCUCGAGGACGACAACUUGUAUCUGUGGCAGAACCCCAAGUACCGCUGGAUCAUCCCGUCCAAGGUUGGCCAGGAGCCUAUUCUCAACAAGACUGCGUGGACAAAACCGACCACGCACUACGGAGUCGAGACGGAGCGGUUCGUGUUAUGGAUGCGGACGGCAGGACUGCCCAACUUCAGGAAAAAAUACGGCCGCAUCAACACCGAUCUGCCCAAGGGCACGGUCCUUCGCUUCUUGAUCUCGAGCAGUACGUUGUCGAUCGGGUCGUUCGGAUUGUGACGAUACCUGUGUAUGCAUGUGCAGACUUCCCCGUGCAGAGCUUUGAAGGCCGCAAGUCGUUGGUCAUUUCGACACUGUCCUGGUACGGUGGCCAGAACGCAUUCCUCGGCCUCGCGUACAUUGUCGUCGGCGGCAUUUGCAUCCUCCUGAGUCUGUUCUUCUUCAUCAAGCACAAGCUGUCCCCUCGCAAGUUGGGCGACACGAACUACUUGGUGUGGCGCGGCAACAAACCGACCUAAGGCAUGCUUCCUCUGUGCGCGAAGUCCGUGCCCUCGACUUCUCCGUUGAAUAUAUCCAUGGCGGCCCCCGCUUUCUCCGCUCCCAUGUCUUCUCCAUCGCACCUCCUGCUUCUGUCUCUG